CCCUCCUCCCCCUCCAUGGAUCCCAUGGAGCUUCGCCGUGUUUUCCAAAUGUUUGAUCGGAAUGGCGAUGGCCGCAUCACCAAACAAGAGCUCUCCCAUUCCCUCUGCAAGCUCGGCAUUGACAUUCCCGACCUUGAGCUCGCUGCCAUGAUCGACAAGAUCGACAUCAACGGUGAUGGCUGUGUCGAUGUGGAUGAAUUUGGUGCAUUGUACCAGACCAUAAUGGAUGAGCGAGAUGAGGAGGAGGAUGAGGAGGAGGACAUGAAGGAGGCAUUCAAUGUCUUCGACCAGAAUGGCGAUGGCUUCAUCACCGUCGACGAGCUACGGUCAGUGCUCUCUUCUCUUGGACUCAAACAAGGCCGGACGGUGGAGGAUUGCCGGAGAAUGAUCAUGAAGGUGGAUGUUGAUGGUGAUGGAAUGGUGAACUUUAAGGAGUUCAGGCAAAUGAUGAGAGGUGGAGGCUUUUCAGCCAGCUUGAAUGAAUGA